AAAAAAUGUAUUUCGUACAUGGAAUAAAUACUGUUUCGUUUACAGUAAAUUAUUAUCGCCUAGUGAUGAAAUCUUAGCGGUAUAUUCAAAAAAUCUUAAAGAGAAUAUAUCAUUUCGGUUUCUCAAUACACAUUUUACAGAAGCUAGCUUUUGGAAAUUUUGAAAAAUGAAUUUAAUGUCCAGAGAAGAAAUUAAUACCAGACGACUUUUAACAAGAUGUGAAUUAAUGGCAAAAGAUGAUCUUCAUAAGGAUUGGAAACUUGAAAAGUAUAUCCUUGCUUUGGAUGACAUGAUAAAGCAACUACAAACAUUACCCAACAAACCAUCCAAGGAUACUUUGACGAGCUAUGUUACUCGAAUAGAUUUUUUAAAGGGACUAGUAAAUACAACAAAACUUACAAAUCCAGCGGAUAGAGUAGUAGCAGUACAAAUGUUACCAAAAAGUUCUACAACAUUCAAUGAUUCGUUAGGCCCAAAUAUAACAACACAAAUACACCAAAAAACUUCAGCAAAAUAUAAUCGGGAAUUACGAGCCGAAUUGUUUCACGCUGAUAAGGGAUCAUUGGAUGAUGGUAUUAGACAAAGGUUAUCUACUACAAAUAUGCAAGAUGACGAUUUGGAUGCACUUUUAAAAUAUAAUAGAAAUAUUCAGGAAAAAAUUGCAGAGAAUAUGCUUUCAAUGACUAGCAGCAUGAAGGAACAUGCAUUAGCAGUAAAUGCUAUUAUAAAAAAAGAUAUUGGUUUCCUUGAGAAAUCUGAUAAAUUAACCGAUGUUAAUACCGCUAAAUUAAAAACAGAAUCAUUAAAACUGCAAGAGCAUACUUCAUCUCAGUGGCGAUGUUGGAUGUGGGUGAUGAUAGCAUUUGUUUUAGUUGUAUUUUUCAAUAUGGUAUUAUUUAUGAAAUUUGCGAAAAAAAGGAUGUAGGUUUUAAUACACAUGUAAAUAUGUUGUAUAGUAUAUCUAUAAAAAUAUAAUCCGUUUCUGUUCAUGGGAAAAGGACUGGGAAAAGGACUCCAAACUUUGUAGUUUAUAUUGGACAUUCCUGAUUGCAAUAGUAUAUACACUUCGUUAUUAUUAUUAUAAGCAUGGCUAUCAAGAUGAAUACAAACAGUAAUUUUUUUUAUUAAAGUAAGAAAUCCUUAUUUGAUCUUGUCCCUUGAAACUGGCUGUUGAAUAAGAAUAAUCUUUAUUUAUGAUAAUUUUAGAAACA